GGAAGUGCCCAUGCAGGAUGUAAACAUUGCAUCUCUAGUUAGAUGUUUGUCGCCUUAAAACGAGGUGUUGAGGCGAGUUUUUAUUAACGCGUAUUUGUGUUGUAGUCUGUAAAGUCCUGAGCCACUCGACAAUGAAAUGAAGAAGAUUUGGGCAGCCUCAGGCAAUCGUUUUGUUGUGUUUUGAAAGAACGCACAUUUGUCUGGCUGAGUUGUUAAGCCACCCGUGCCGUGACAAGCUACUAAAACCUCACUAGUGUGGAACCUCUGGGGUGUAGAAAGAGGGUUAUUUGAGUGACGUGAGCCGCUUUCCAGCUGGACCAAAGCACCUUGUGGCAAAUAGGUAUUUUUCUUGUACUAAGUAUGGUUUUACUUAGAGGGAAUGGUUGAGUGACGUGAGCCGCUUUCCAGCGGGACCAAGAGGGGUGGAGGGAACAAGCACUCUCAGCGGUACACGCUGAUUAAAAAAGCGCUCCCGCUACAAUAGUAAUUGUGUAAGAAUAAUGUAAGAGGUUAUGGGGAAGAGACUGAAAUUCUCCGCAUCGCUGGGCAGCAAAAUAGCAGACAGCAGGAAGCGGAAGUAUGUUCUUCUCAACUAUGGAGUGGCUUCCCUUUACCUAGGUGUGCGGGAAAGAUCCCCAGUUUUGAAAAAAAGAUGUUUUCCAAACAUCAAGCGCAUGCAGCUCCUACAUUUCCAAGACAGGUGGCAGAAUUCUUCCACGAUACAUACUCAGACGAUGAAUUUGACAUUGGAGCACCAGUGGAUGAAGAAGAAAGGGAUAUCACAUCCGAAAGUGAUGAAAGUCGAAUCGAUGUUGAUGAUAAUCGUCACGAGCAAGAAGAUGUGCACAAUGAUGAUUUCGAUAAUAACGAUCGUCUCGACGAUGUACUUGAUGAUGAUCGGCAAGACGAUGUGUAUGAUGAUAAUCCUAAUGACCCAGUGUGCAGCAAUGAGAACGAGAAUUUCAGGGAGGCUUCUCCGAUUCCCAUAGAUAACGAAAAUAAUGGUAGAAGAGAUGUAGCAGUAAAUGAUACUGAUGAUGACGAGAUGGAAAUCGAUAUCGCCGCCGCAGAAGAUGUUCCACAUGAAGCAUUUGGUGAUUACAAGUCUGACUGGUGCAAAAAUCUAGAGGAUUUCCCACCCGCAUUAACCUUCAGUGCCACCCCAGGAAUGCAAGGCCCGCUUUACCUUCCUUCUUGGGACGCCUGCAGGCCUGUAGACUUUUACAAACUUUUUAUCGAUCAGGAACUUCUGGAACUGAUCACGAAUGAGACUAACAGGUACGCGAAACAAAUGCUGGAUACUGAGAGAGAAGGAAGUACAGCAAUGUCAAGGCUAUCAAAUGUCAACACCUGGAAGGUUGUGACUGUACAGGAAAUAAGCCAUUUCCUUGCUAUUUUGCUGCACAUGAGCAUUGUGAGAAAACCAAGAGUUGACGAUUACUGGUCGACCCGACCCAUGUUUCAGAUUUCAUUUGUGUCAAAAUUAAUGACUAACAGUCGGUUUAGACAAAUCUUAGCCUUCUUUCACUUGAACGACAACUGUAAAUCUGUGCCAAGGGAACAUCCAGAUUAUGACUCUCUGUACAAAGUCAGGCCUCUAAUCGACCAUCUCAGUCAUCUGUUCAAGUCUGUGUACAUUCCCAAACAACAGAUUCGUGUUGAAAAGGUAUUGUGUUCCUGGAAGGACAGGGUUGAUUUUGACGUGCACUUGAAAGAGAAGUUUGUGAAGCAGGGCAUCCAGUUAUAUGAAUUGUGUGAAAGUGAAUCAGGCUAUGUAUACAACUUUGAAGUUUUUUGUUAUCGUUCUGGGAUCAGCAACAAACCCUCUGAUAUAGUAUAUCGUUUGGUGCAACCUCUAACAUCGUUAGGGUACUGUCUCUAUGCUGAUGAACAUUGCUGCAGCCUGAAAGUGGCACAAAGCCUGGCUUCAAAAAACACAGGUCUAGUUGGUAUAGUAAAACCAAAUGAAAGGGGCCUCCCCAAACACUUUAUGGAAGGAUUCAUUCGCACAGGGGAAGUUCAGUUUAGACGCUUUAAAAAUGCUGUACUAUUAAACUGGAACGAUAAGUCAAAAGUAUCAGUAAUCACCACAUUUCAUCGACCCCAGAUGGUGGCUGUAAAGACCGCAGCUGGAGAACAUAAAAAGCCAACAGUAAUUGUUGAUUAUGCCAAGAACAUGUCUGGUUCCAUCAACUUAAAUUCUUACACUCCUCUGCGGCACAAAAGCAUCAAGUGGUGGAAAAAGCUCACCUUUUAUCUUCUUACUCUCGCUGUGACACAAGCUCACAUCCUGUACACUAAGGUACAAAAACAGAUUGGAGAACCAGCGAUGUGCUUAGAGGACUUCAUACUGUCUGUAGGAGAAGACCUUGCUAACCUUCCAGGUCAGGAAAAUGGUGGCAACAUCACAGAAACUGCAACCUCUACUGACAGAGACCACCCUCACCGGACUGAGAGACAUUUCAUUGAACCUUGUCCGAACAGAAUCUGUGUUGUGUGCUCAGCAAAAGCAAAUGCUGAAGGUGUGAACACAAAGUGCCAUACAAACAUGGUUAAGCGCACAAAAUUUCAGUGCAGGCAGUGCAAAAAACCACUUUGUCCUUACCCUUGUAUGGAAAUUUACCAUACUGAGAAAGAUAUUGCAAAGAAAUAGAAUGCAGAGUGGAAGAAACAAAGGGUAGAAAAACUUCAUGACUUGAGGCUUCAAGAACUGUGUGUGUGCGUGCAUGAAAGAGAGGGCGAGAAAGGUAAAGAUGAUGUAUGAUGUAUUUAUGUAUGGUUUUUCACUUUUGUUACGUCUUCUUAUUCUUAACCACCUCCAGUAAAGUAUAGUGCUGCAACUUCAUGUUGUAUUUGUGGUUUCUGUAGCAGAGGUCUUUUUACAUAGUGGGGUUGUUAGCCCUACGCCCAACCCUCCUCUUUCAUCUGGGCUUGGGACCAGUAGGUUACCUGGGGGGUUUCCAGGUGGCUAUUUUUAUUGGUUACAUACUUUACUGUUUUUUAUAAUACUUUGCAUAGGUUUCAUUUACGUGUGGAUGGUAGGUUUACUUACACACUUAAAAUAAUGUCUUGUGUGUGAAGAAAGAGAGAAAAGGUUCAUCCAUUCAUGUACAAGCAUCACUGAAGAAUGUGUUCAUUUGUGUGACAGUGAGAUAGAGAAGAGUAAAUGCCACUGAAACUGACAUUUUUUUCAGUGUUCUUUUCUAUCAAUUUCCAGUUAAAGGUGAUGGACUAGAAUACCUUAAUAUACCCAUGCUGUCUUACAUUGUCGCAAUGAUAUUAUCAACAUAUCUAGCCUUUAGCACUUAAAAACAUUGUUUCCUCGCUGUACUGAAGAUAAAUUUUAGACACACAAGAUUAAAUCAAAUGUUUAUUAAAUCACGCAUUGUACAAAUAUCAAAAUGUAAUAACUAUUUUAGACAAGAAUUAUCAAUAUAGAAUAUUCUGAAUUAAUGGUAUUUCUCAAUAAGAGGUCAUA